UGUUUUUGUGAAGGCCAUAUAAUGUGAAGGCCCACUGCACUGCAUGCUUGCACCUUUGUUGUUUUUUCAGAGCACAAGCUGUAGGAAGUCUGAAAAAUGAAUGUGAUGCACCCUGAGGUCUUUGUAGGGAGUCAACUUACGCAAUAUAACUUUCAGCUGUAUGGGGGACAAGUGUGUAACACGCUUAUGGCAGGUUCUUGGACAGACAGAACUCCUCUCCACGAUGCUGCUUUGCAGGGUCGCCUGCUCCCACUGAAGAGACUUCUCUCUCAGGGACUGCCUGUUGGUGUGGUCACACUGAAUGGCGUCACUCCGUUACAUGAGGCUUGUCUUGGUGGCCAUUUGGCAUGUGCAAAAUUUCUGCUGGAACAUGGAGCUGAUGCAAGUGCUGUGUCUGUUGAUGGAGCCACACCUCUCUUUAAUGCCUGCUACAGUGGAAACUCUGCCCUCCUCAGUCUCCUUUUGAUGCACAGCUCUGUCCACCACCCAGCUCACCUGCUCAACUCACCUAUCCAUGAAGCAGCAAAGAGAAAUCACACAGAGUGUGUGGAGCUGCUGCUGUCUCAUGGUGUGAAUGCUGAUUUGGAGAUGGCAGGAGUGGGGACGCCGCUGUACUGUGCGUGUGAAGCCAGGAGCACAGACUGUGUGCAGAGACUUCUCAUCUUAGGUGCUGAUGUGCACCAGGGGUGUGGCCUUGACGCACCACUGCAUGCUGCUGUCAGAGUGGGCGGAGUCAAAGAGGUAGCGCUGUUGCUGGAGCAUGGGGCUGAUGGGAAACGUAGGAAUUCAGAAGGCAGAACACCUCUUGACCUGGCUACAGAUAACAGCAUCAAACAUCUACUGCAGACAGCAGGUCCAUGCUCCCUGUCACAGAUAAGCAGGUUGUGCAUUCGUCGUACUUUGGGCCAAAAAAGAUUGAACAGAGCAAGAGUGCUCUAUUUACCACAUAUCUUGCACAAUUAUGUUCUGUAUCAGUAACACAUAAACACACACACACUGCUUAUGCCACAAAAUACACAGAAUGCAUUUGUAGUUACACACAUUUUUGUAAAUGAUUUUAAAUGU